CUUCAAUUCCCAAAAAGUUUCUUAAUUUUUUAUUUUUUCUCCUGUGUAAGUGCAAACAUCUAAAUUCCCAAGAACCAAAACUAAAGAUCCGUAAAUUCGAAGCAACAUCAACGUUCUCGAGCCUCUCUAAUUAUUGUUUUAUAGACCAAAAAUUCUUCGUUUUUCUUUUUUCCAGGAAUUUUUAAUUUGUAUGGGCUGAUCAGAAAAAAGCCACUUUGUGUUUUCUUUUUUAGCUGGACGGUGUCUGAAUCAUUCAAUGCCUUUCUCUUCUCUACCUUUCUAAAUCUCUCUCUCUCUAUCUCUCCAUCGAAGCAGCCAUGGGCGACGAACACUCUCUCAUCCCAAAGGAUAGUUUUGUCUUCAAGCUUCCUAAAAAAUCACCACUUGUGUUGAGAACGGUUGUUCUCUUGUUUGUGAUGGUUUGUACUGUUUAUAUUUGCUCUAUUUGUUUAAAGCAAAUUGGUGUUGUCCCUAGUGCUGGAUUCUUGAAUGUUGAAGUGUUUGAGAGACCUUGUCCUGAGCCUAACAUUCAACCUUGGGACAUUCCUUAUGUUCACUAUCCUAAACCUAAGACCUAUAGCAGGGAGGAAUGUUCGUGCAAUCCCGUUAGGUAUUUUGCUAUUCUCUCGAUGCAGAGAUCUGGUAGCGGUUGGUUUGAGACUUUACUUAACAAUCAUACUAACAUUAGCUCGAACGGGGAGAUCUUUUCGGUUAAAGAUAGGAGGGCUAAUGUGUCGACCAUUUUUGAGACGUUGGACAAAGUAUAUAAUUUAGAUUGGUUGAGUAGUGCUUCUAAGAACGAGUGUACAUCUGCUGUUGGUUUGAAAUGGAUGCUUAAUCAGGGUCUAAUGAAAAACCAUGAAGAGAUAGUAGAAUACUUCAAAACCCGAGGCGUGUCUGCUAUUUUCCUCUUUAGAAGAAACCUCUUGCGCCGGAUGAUUUCAGUUCUUGCAAACUCUUACGAUAGAGAUGCUAAGCCAUUAAACGGAACUCACAAGUCCCAUGUCCAUUCCCCUAAAGAGGCUGAGAUAUUGGCGCGCUACAAACCAUUGAUCAACACGAGUCUUUUGAUACCUGAUCUGAAGCAGGUUCAAGAGAUGACUUCAAAAGCACUUGCUUACUUUAACACCACGCGGCAUAUCUUCCUCUACUACGAAGAUGUUGUCAAGAACCGCACCGUAAGAACACUGGUUUUUCACAAGGUUCCAUUCUAGCUUCAUUGCACACACUUGAGCCCUGUUUUUUUGUUUCCUCUCUGCAGAAACUAGACGAUGUACAAGAGUUUCUGAAGGUCCCGAAACUAGAUUUAAAGAGUAGGCAAGUGAAGAUUCAUCAUGGUCCGUUGUCACAACACGUACAAAAUUGGGAAGAGGUGCAAAAGACACUGAAAGGGACCGGUUUCGAAAACUUUCUACUUGAAGAUUACCGCAGGUGAAAUUAACACUAGGAGAGAGUGAUGUACAUAAACCUCUCUCGCAGAAAGGUCAGACCAACUUGUAGGAAAGUUUUGGUAGUGCCACGAACAGGUUUUGCAAGUCUUUUUAUCUUUUAGUUUUCUCUGUUUUUCUUUCCAAGUUGUUAGCUCUUAAUUCGAUUCAUUCUUUAUCAAGGAACUAAGAGUUCUAUUGUAAUCAGAAACACGAUCCGGUUCAUCCUCUUAUUUGCUUCUAAUGAUUAGAACAAAGAACAAAGAUUUGGUACUUUGAUUGAUAAACUAUGAAAUUGAUUAUUCCAUUGGUUUAUAUGUGAUGCCAUAUAUAGG